AUGUCAUCAUCUCAAAAGCAAAUUUCAAGCGUCACCUCAACCACUGACACCGUUACCAGUGAUGAAACCGCAGAAAGGCGGUACGGUUGUCUCGGCGCCAAUCGUUACAUUAUCCUCGUCAUUUCUUUGCUCUUUUUGAGCUUUAAUCUUGCUUCGUAAGUGGUUUCGACGGCGAUCCAUUCGUCCCAUUUGAUCACAUUUUUUUGCAGAAUCAUCGCCUACAACGCGACGUACGUGUCAAUGGUGAACCUGGAAUCGUCGCCUUACUGGGAAGAGUUCAUUGGCUCGAACAAGACCGUCGACGAGAUCGACUGGAACUCUUCGGACCUUCCUCUGUCCGAACGACGUUUCCUCUUCACCUCUCUCCAUAAAAUGUUGGGAUUUGCUGGCGGUUUUAUGGGUGCCAUCGCCGCCGUCUUCCCAAUGACCCACCUUUCGACCAGAUUCGGAGUCCACAAACUGAUGACAGCUACCGGCAUCCUGGGCACCAUUCUCGUCUGCAUCACCCCGAUCGUCGUGUCGUGGUCCUUUCCGAUCUUUGUGGUGCUUCGUGUAGUCCAGGGCUUCACCCUUGCCAAUCUCUUCACGACCGCCGGAGUUGUCGUCAACGAGUGGGCGACCGUCAACGAGAAGGGACUCUUCAUUUCGGUGCUCUCUGCCCACGUGGAAGUCGGCGCCGUGUUCACAAUGCCAGUCUCUGGCGCACUUGCCACGUCGGCUGGAUGGCCGUGGGUCUUCUACCUGCACGGCAUCAUUCUCGGCGCGUUGACUGUCCUUUGGGCCGUCUACUAUAAGGAUCGUGCGGUCAAACAUCCGUUUGUGAAGCAAGCCGAGUGGCGCAAGAUUAGCCAUGGAAAGCGACCGCAUACCGGAGCAAAACCGCAGGUGAGCACACGUUUUCAACAGUUUUUGUGGCCCAUAAAACCGGGCUUCAAGUUUAGCAACCGAAAAAGCCAUACAUCUCUGCUGCCAGUAGAGAUAUCAUAAAGUGGCCAACUAACAAACUUUUUAUCAGAAAAGUGUGCACAUUUUCUUAGUUGGUACCUUUUUGAUAUCUCCACCGACAGCUGAGAUAUAUCGUCUUAGCUGUAGCGUGCGUUUUGAGCGUCAUUGUAUGUCUCCGAACUCUACAAUACUCGUUCAUGACUCAGGACCGACACUACUACUGUAGCCUUCCAAUUUUUCAGACACCCGUCCGCAAAAUCGUCUCGUCCAUCGUCAUCUGGGGUGUGUGGAUCGCCGUGAUCGGAAACUUCCUCGUCUCCCAGUUCUCCAUCUCCUACGCCCCCAUUUAUUUGCGCGGAGUCAUCGGCUGCACCCCGACAGAAGCGGGUCUCCUCACCCUUAUUCCGAUGGCUUGUCUGGUAGGAAUACAAUAUCUAAAUUCAACAAAACCUUAAACUUUUACAGUUAGUCAUCAAAUUCAGCACGGGAUUCUUCUCGGACCGCAUCAAAUCGAUUUCGGAUCUCACCAAAAUGAAAAUGUUCAACUCUUGUGCUCUCCUUGGCUCCUCCAUCUUUUUCAUAGUUUUAGCAUGCUCGAAUCCUGGCGGCAGCAAAGUUCUAGACGUUAUUUUGCUGUGUAAGUUUCCAUUUAGUUGCAUAAUAUCUAAAAAUGUCAAAUUCAGCGAUUCCUAUGGCGCUUCUCGGCUUCUCCUCAGGCGGUUACAGUAAGUGCGCGGUCAUGGUGGCCGGACAAUAUUCGCCGUUCGUCAUGGCUAUUGUACAAGUGAGUGGAUGCGCAAUACAAGUCUACAAUACGGAUAUUAUACUUGCAGAUAAUCGCAUGCGCUUCCCUGAUGGCCGGCUCUUUCCUCGUGCCCGCGUUGACGCCAACCGAUAGUUUCAGUGAAUGGCAGAGAGUUUUUAUGAUUUACGGAGCGGUCUUGGCCAUCACCAACACAAUUUUCAUUGUUUUCGCGAGAGCCGAGCCCGCCAAAUGGUCCCAACAAAAAGGCGAUGUCAUUUUGGCGAGAGCUGUGAUGGGCGGAGCCUCGGACGGCGCCACAGAGCCCCGGGAGCCGGCGGAGCAGCCACGAGAGCGGUGGAUUGACGCGGAAGUUGGCAGAGUGAAUGGGACGUUAGACAGAGGAACAAAGAACGUUUCGGCUUCAACCUGA